AUGGCGCAAACCGUAAGAGUCGGCGCUGUUCAGGCGGAACCGGCAUGGCUCGAUCUACAAGGAGGGGUAGAGAAGACCAUCGCUCUGAUCCAGCAAGCUGGGAAGGAUGGGGUCAAUGUCCUCGGAUUUCCUGAAGUGUGGCUAACUGGCUAUCCAUGGGCGAUAUGGACCAAAAGUGUUGUAGAAAACACCGAACUAAUCCAUCAAUACAUGGCAAAUUCAAUGGCCAAAGUCUCCCCUGAAAUGAAUCGCAUACGAGCCGCAUGUAAAGAGGCAGGCGUCUUCACCGUGCUCGGAUACAGUGAGCGCGACGGAGCGAGCCUCUAUAUUGCGCAGUCGUUCAUCAGUACCGAAGGCGAGAUAGUUCUACAUCGACGAAAGAUCAAGCCUACACAUGUUGAAAGAUCCAUCUGGGGAGAUGGGCAAGCGGACUCGUUGACUUCUGUUGUUGAUACGAAAUUUGGAAAAGUGGGAGGUCUGAAUUGUUGGGAGCAUCUUCAACCGCUCUUGAGAUAUUAUGAGUAUUGCCAAGGUGUCCAAAUCCACGUUGCUGGAUGGCCUCCGAUGUUUCCUUUGCCAGAUCCAAAGAAGAUAAAAUGGCCUUAUCACGAAACUGAAAUUGCAAAUCAACUGUGCAGUCAAUUCUUGGCAAUCGAAGGCCAAGCCUUCGUCCUUGUCGCGACACAGGUCUUGACUGAGGGGAAUUUGGAGAAGUUGAAUUUGGUCGACAGUGGAGUUUGCCAGACACCUGGUGGCGGCUUCACCAUGAUUUACGGUCCGGAUGGAAAGCCUCUUUGCGAGCCAUGGCCACCAGGAAAAGAGGGUAUUAUGCAAGCCGAUAUUGACCUGAAGGAUAUCGAUUAUGCGAAGUCAAUGAUUGAUACCGUUGGCCAUUACUCUCGACCGGAUUUGUUGAGCUUGAAUAUCAAUUCGACAGCGGCAAAACCAUUUCACUUUAUGAAAGAGUGA